UUGGGUCUCUGCCUGUGCGGAGACAUGGGGACACAGGGACAGAGCUGCCCUUGUGGCUGCAGUUGGGGCCCUGGAGGAGGGACAUCACCGUGCCCCAGUUCAGCUCCUUCACUCUCCUCUCCCUCCACAGUGCCUUCCUGGAGCUGCCUCACCAGGAUGAAUGGAACGGCCAACUUGGCCCCGACCGCCCGUGGCCACUUCACCUCCGCCAUCCCGGUGCCACGAUCCACAACCCCCAACAAACUGCCUUCUGCAGCCCCCCUGGCCCGGCACAGCACCUCAGGCCCCCCUGCCUCCCACCGGGCCACAUCCCCACGGCCGGCAGCACCCCCCGGCCCCAAAAGCCUCAAACCCAGGCCCAGAGCUUCAGGUCGUGAGGCAACCGAGAGCCCAGGUGUAACCCCCCAUGGGGGGCAGAGAGCCCCACUGCUCCCCGGGAAGGGGGUGGGGGGAAGCCGGGUGGAGUACAGCCCAAGGGGGCCUGGGGCCCACCGUCCCCUUGGGAUGGCAGUGGAGGAUGGACCCGAUGCCAGCCCUAUGAGCAGAAGCCCCAUGUUUGGGUCGGGGACCAUCAGCUUCUCCUCAGCCUCCCCGCAGAGCCGCCCUGUGACAGCCACUGUUGCCCCGUUCCACUACCGGCUGCAGGAGGAUGGAGAGCAGAAUGCCACAUCCCUGUGUGACAUCGCUCCUGCUGAGGUGCCCGACCCCAAAUCCAGAGCCAUGACAGCCCCCGGCGGGUUAAAUGAUUGCAGCGCGGGGAUGCUGGGGAGCAACCUCAAGAGCCUUCCCGACGUGGAGCUGGGCGAGGAGGGCGCGGCGGAGCUGCGCGGCUUUCGGCGGGGCCCCGACGGCGGCGGCGCGGUGAUGCCCAAACGGGCGAAGGCGGCGGCGGCGGCGGCGGGGGGGCCGCGGGGCGCGGAGCUGCGGGUGUUCAAGGCGAGCAGCGCGGAGGGGCGGCUGCCGGCCGGCUCCAACCUGCGCAAGCAGAAGUCGCUCACCAACCUGGCCUUCCUCACCGACGCCGAGAAGAAGCGGCAGCUCUACGAGCCGCGCUGGAGCGACGACAUGGCCAAAGGGACGGCGACCACCGCGGUGGCGGCGGGGGGACGGGGCGGGGGCGGCGGUCCCCGUGGCCGCGAGGCGCCCGCCAUGUCGCGCAGUCUAUCCCGCUCCGAGCACUCCCUGCUGCCGCCGCGCCCCGCCGGGCCCCAGAAGCCGCCGCCCGCCGCCGGGAAGCCGAGCCGCAUCCCCCGCGGGCCCUACGCCGAGGUGAAGCCGCUCAGCAAAGCCCCCGAGGCGGGCGGAGGCGGAGGAGGAGGGGGCGGCAAGUGCGACGACGAGCUGCUGGGAGGCAAGGGGCCGGCGGCGGCGGGGGCCGAGGAGAAGGCGUACCUGAAGGUGGACCCCGAGCUGGUGGUGACGGUGCUGGGCGACCUGGAGCAGCUGCUCUUCAGCCAGAUGUUGGACCCCGAGUCCCAGAGGAAGAGGACGGUGCAGAAUGUUCUGGACCUUCGUCAAAACCUGGAGGAGACCAUGUCCAGCCUGCGGGGCUCCCAGGUGUCUCACAGCUCCCUGGAGAUGACGUGCUACGACAGCGACGAAGCCAACCCGCGCAGCGUCUCCAGCCUGUCGAACCGCUCCUCGCCGCUCUCCUGGCGCUACGGGCAAUCCAGCCCGCGGCUGCAGGCGGGGGAUGCGCCGUCGGUGGGGGGCGGCUGCCGCUCCGAGGGCACCCCCGGCUGGUACAUGCACGGCGAGCGGGCGCAUUACUCGCACACCAUGCCCAUGCGCAGCCCCAGCAAACUGAGCCACAUCUCGCGGCUGGAGCUGGUGGAGGCGUUGGACAGCGAUGACGUGGAGCUGAAGUCGGGAUAUAUGAGCGACAGUGACCUGAUGGGGAAGACCCUGACGGAGGACGAUGACAUCACCACGGGGUGA